UUCUUCGGACGUAGUCAAACACGAAGGUUCUCUCCUGGAGAAUCGAGUUAUAUUACAUUUUAACGCAAUUGUGCACUCGCAUCUCGUAAGACUUUAGCUGCCUCCUAGAUCGGGCCAGGUUGUUAUCAAAUCACGAUGGCACAACUUGUAAGAGCGAUAUACGAUGGCUAUCGAGACCUAAUGGACAACAAGAGCGACCCAAGGGUCAAUAAUUGGCCAAUGAUGAGCAGUCCAUUCCCGACCAUUUUCAUCUGCCUAUUUUACGCUUACUUUGUCAAGGUUCUAGGUCCUAAGCUCAUGGAAAAUCGCAAACCUUUCAAUCUCAGGAAGGUCAUGCUAUUCUAUAAUCUCUUCCAAGUGAUAUUAUCCACGUGGUUGUUUUACGAGUCCUUAGUAUCUGGAUGGGGAGGUCACUAUUCGUUCCGUUGUCAACCGGUAGACUAUUCGGACGACCCGCUGGCAAUACGAAUGGCACAUGGCUGCUGGUGGUACUACUUCUCAAAAUUCACCGAAUUCUUUGACACUAUAUUGUUUGUAUUGAGAAAGAAGAACAAUCAUAUUUCAAUAUUGCACGUGAUUCAUCAUGGGUGCAUGCCAAUAUCGGUUUGGUUUGGUGUCAAAUUCACUCCUGGCGGUCAUGGCUCGUUCUUUGGCAUGCUAAACACAUUUGUGCAUAUUGUGAUGUACUCAUACUACUUUUUGGCUGCUCUCGGACCGAAGAUACAGCCGUAUCUCUGGUGGAAGAAGUACCUGACUGCGCUACAGAUGGUCCAAUUCGUCCUGGUGGUACUCCACGCUUUCCAACUUCUCUUUAUCGACUGCAACUACCCGAAGGUGUUUGUCUGGUGGAUCGGGCUGCAUGGCGUCAUGUUUUACUUCCUGUUCCGCAACUUCUACAACCAGUCAUACGGGAAGAGAAAAUCUCCCAACGCAUUAACGAAGAAGGAAACGGAGAGCCAGAACGAGAAGAAACAGCAGAACGACGUAAACGAGAACGGUAAAAUAUACGCAAACGAAUACAAAAUGGCAACCGGUUACAUCUCAGACAGUGGCCUCAGAAAUCGCGUGUUUAUCGACAACCGCGGUUUCCAAAAAUAAAAUGCUAGCCAUCAGUCUAAAUCGCAUUAUGUGAACAUGAAUUUGUGUUCAACGAAUCCAUCGAUAUAACAUAAGCGGGCAGAUUUUAUCGUCGUACAAUAUCGAGAAUAUCUCGUCACAGAAUAUAGAAAGGUGAUUGAAAACGUUCGAUUUUCGAUAUCUAAUUUUUCGGAUUCCCCAAGUAACUCACCUGUUACCUUCUGCGCGGAUAAGGAUGCGUUUGAAUAUAUUACGAACACUAGCUCACUUCCUGUGUGUAUUCUGUGUCGCGCGUGUAGAUUGUGUGAUUCUACGAUUUAUGUGAUUCUAUGUGAACGUACAUAUGCAUGAUACGUACCGAAGAAUGUAUGAGACAGAAUGACGGCGAUACUCAGCCACACCUAACUGUCAUCAAUCUAGGGUUACGAGAAAUUGCCAAAUUUUUCUUUCUAAGCUCUUAUCGUCUGUCGUGAAACUUUGUAAAUUCGGAACAGAGGUUACUUUGUAUCUGGAGCGUCAACAACAUGGCAGCGUAACUAAGACCGGUUUCACACGGCGAUACGUGUAUCGUAUGAGACAUAGUAAAUAUCGCUGACGAUACUUUUCGUACAAAGUUAGCAGAUCAAAGAACGAUCGACGCGGAUGAUCCAUAAGCACAAACGAGACUGUAUAUUUUAUUCCCGGGAGUGUAUCUCAUACGCGUAUCGCGGUUGUAGCUCAUGAUGUGAAACAGGCAGCGCCGAUCUAGUCGUAACGAACGUUACGGACUUCGUUGCGAUUCAGCAACGUUCUUAUUGCUCAAUUCAUCUAACUAAUUAACUUCUAUGUUCUAUUUUCUCCGUGAUUUGUUGUAGAUCUUAAUCACUCGGCGGCACACGACUGAUACGAGCGACAUUUUACCGCGUGAACUCGCUGUGAUCAAAUGUCUUUCCUUGUUUUGCUAUAAAGAACAACAGAAGCAGAUGACUGCAGCGUUAGCGGACGGUAAAAUUUCGCUCAUAGAGUUCCCGUGUCAUUAGAACUAUGCGUCCUAUCGCGAAUGCAAAUCAAUCUCAGAACUAAGUAUUGCUCGCGAGCAAUCGACAAACCGGAUCGUUUUUUUUUUUGUUGUUAUUGUUGUUGUUUUUACACGUAUUCAACGAAUGUUGUAUUGACUAAAUUUUGUAGAUCUUUCGAGAAAAAUGUAUCUUGGUAGAAAAGCGCUAUUUUGGCAUUAGAAACUUUGUGAUCAACAGUCGAACGAACAGUUGAAAUUGCAUGGUAUCGUAUCUCGAUUGCGAUUACCUGCUUUUUCAAAUAUGGUUAGCUUGUUUUAGUUAUUAAGUAUUCUGUACCAUCGACUUCUGCAGCAGGCGUGAGUUAUAGAUUGAGAACAUUAGAAUGCGAGUGUUGGCACACAUUGCUAAUUUGUUUAUAAUUUGAUAUCUUUUCCCUUAAGAGUUUACUGUGAUAGUUACCGGUCGACACGUAUAUCCGUUUACAACCAAUUUCUAAUAAGAAUGUAUACACACACUCUUUAUUAUCCGUUUAUAAAAGAAAAAAAGCGAUUCGAGAGACGUCGAUUGAACAAUACUAAGUGGAUACAUAUUCAAUGCAUAGAAUAAGUAAAUUUGUACAAUACAGACUAAUAGUAAUAAAUGAGAGAUGUAUUUAUUUUAUGAUUAAAUUGUGUGAUUUUUAACGAA